GUUAACUUUCCCGUAGGCCCCUCCCUCCGUUAGGCAACGCCCGCCUGUCACCGCACUGGUCCUGUGUCUUGGGCUUUUGUUACUGUGCACCUGGUUGCCCUGUCACACGGAUCCCCAGCCUCUGCGCCCUCUCUCUUCCCGCCACCAUGGUCAGACAGAUCGAGAACCUGGACGAAUUCAAUAAAGCCCUGGCCGAAGCCGGAAGCAAACUUGUAGUUGUCGAUUUCACAGCUACAUGGUGUGGACCCUGCAAAAUGAUUGCCCCUUUCUUUCAGUCUUUGAGUGAAAAAUAUCCAGAUGUUGUGUUCCUUAAAGUGGAUGUAGAUGAUGCACAGGAUGUGGCUGCCCAUUGUAAUAUCAAAUGUAUGCCAACAUUUCAAUUCUAUAAAGAUGGAGCACGGGUACAUGAGUUCAGUGGUGCUAAUCAGAGCAACCUAGAACAGAAGGUUCAGGAACUGCGUUAAAAAGAAUCAGAAAUGGAAUGUUUGCUUAUAUAUAUUUCUGUAUGCCACAGCCUUUUUGAAAUGAUAAAUUCAUUAUAAAUAUAUACACAAAUACCCUGCCCCAUGCACGCUGCUCAGAAGUUAUAGGAAACUUGUAACCUCUUUCAACAGUUUAGAAUGAACUGUAUGACAACUGCAUAUUAAAGAUUGAAUAAAAGGAAUAUUAUAUCCUAAUACUAUGCUGUUUUUUGGGUUGUGGGCAGAUUAACAUCCCCAAAUGAGCUUGCGAGCGGGACUCUAAUGUAUCGUUUUAUUUUAGUCUGUCAAUUCUAGUCUUGUCAUACCCUUUGAAUAUAUGUAUUGUAAGAAGCCCUGCGUACAUUGUUGGUGCAAUCUAAAUAAAAGAUAAUAAUAAUAAUAAA